GCAAAAAAAAGGAGUUUUAAAGCUUUUGCUUUUUUGGAUUGUGUGAAUGCUUCAUUCGCCUCACAAACAACCACAGAACCACAAGUGCGGUGCAAACUUUCUCCAGGAGGACAGCAAGAAGUCUCUGGUUUUUAAAUGGUUAAUCUCCGCAGGUCACUACCAGCCACCGAGACCAACAGAGUCAUUUAAGGCUGCAAGCAGAAUUUACAACAGAGGGUACAAGUUCUGUCUGAAAAAAAAAGGAGGGACUAUGGCAUCAAACAGCCUCUUCAGCACAGUGACACCAUGUCAGCAAAACUUCUUUUGGGAUCCGAGCACCAGCCGGCGCUUCAGCCCUCCCUCCAGCAGCCUGCAGCCCGGCAAGAUGAGCGACGUGAGCCCGGUGGUGGCUGCGCAACAGCAGCAGCAGCAGCAGCAGCAGCAGCAACAGCAACAGCAGCAGCAGCAGCAACAGCAGCAGGAGGCGGCGGCGGCGGCGGCGGCGGCGGCGGCGGCAGCGGCGGCCGCCGUGCCCCGGUUGCGGCCGCCGCACGACAACCGCACCAUGGUGGAGAUCAUCGCUGACCACCCGGCCGAGCUCGUCCGCACCGACAGCCCCAACUUCCUGUGCUCUGUGCUGCCCUCGCACUGGCGAUGCAACAAGACCCUGCCCGUGGCCUUCAAGGUGGUGGCCCUGGGAGAGGUACCAGAUGGAACUGUGGUUACCGUCAUGGCGGGCAACGAUGAAAAUUAUUCUGCCGAGCUCCGAAAUGCCUCUGCUGUUAUGAAAAACCAAGUAGCGAGGUUCAACGAUCUGAGAUUUGUGGGCCGGAGUGGAAGAGGCAAGAGUUUCACCUUGACCAUAACUGUCUUCACAAACCCUCCCCAAGUAGCCACCUAUCACAGAGCUAUUAAAGUUACAGUGGAUGGACCCCGGGAACCCAGAAGGCACAGACAGAAGCUUGAUGACUCUAAACCUAGUUUGUUCUCUGACCGCCUCAGUGAUUUAGGGCGCAUUCCUCAUCCCAGUAUGAGAGUAGGUGUCCCGCCUCAGAACCCACGGCCCUCCCUGAACUCUGCACCAAGUCCUUUUAAUCCACAAGGACAGAGUCAGAUUACAGACCCCAGGCAGGCCCAGUCUUCCCCGCCGUGGUCCUAUGACCAGUCUUACCCCUCCUACCUGAGCCAGAUGACGUCCCCAUCCAUACACUCCACCACCCCGCUGUCUUCCACACGGGGCACGGGGCUUCCUGCCAUCACCGACGUGCCCAGGCGCAUUUCAGCUCGAAGCCGCUACUCACUCCGCUGAGUUGCAUCACUGACAAGCUGAAGCUCCACCAGCAGGCUUGCAGGUUUUGAUUAGUUCAGACUCCUUUCUUUCUUUCCACUUGGGAGGAGGGAAGGCUUUGUUUCUCAAGCGAAUGGCAGGAAAGGGCUCUCUGGUCCUAGUGCCCUUCACAUUUUCUACAGCAGAUGGACUCCCGCAGGGGUGAGUAGGGAAAGAAGAGGGGUGGAGGGAGAACCACAAAACCCUUUGGAAAACCAUGUUCCCACUUUUCAUUAUGACUGCUAUUAUUAUUUUUAUGAAUCACAUGGUAUUUAUUGGGGAAUUGUGCAGAGUGUAGAAUUUUAGUUAUCAUCUCCCUUGACAGGAAUGACUCCCUCCUUUAGGCAAACAUCAAUUAAAGACACGGGAAAGGAUGAGUAAGGCACAGUGGGGAGAAUGAGGGCUGAUGUGGGAUCAAAGGCAGUGUUGGAUGGUGUCGAAGUAGUUCUGGUCAUUCCUUCUGUAUUUUAUACUGGACCUGUUUUGUUUUACAUGGGGCCAAAAUGACACUUUGCCAGGACAGAUUUGUGCAAACUUGCUUCUGUUUAGGGUCCUCUGGGGUUUCCAUCUGUCCAACCCUCUGUGGCUGAAGCAGACUUUGUUAUUUGUCCCCUGGCAGUACCUAGAGGAAAAAAACCUCAGGGAGUGAUUAUUGCUUUAGAGACAUUUUAUCUACAGCACCUUCUUACCCAGGUGUAUUCACAUAAAAUUCAGUAGGAAAACCAUUGAAAGUAACACUGAGACAAUGCUGCAUACGUGGGCAGUCAUGAUCGUCUAUCAUUUACAUGUGUAAUCUAGAAUAGCUAGAUUACUUUGAGUCAACUUACUGAUAAUUAUUUAAAACACUUCCAUAAACUAAUAACAACAUGACUCUUUUCCAUUUCACAGACGAGGCAGUAGGAGCAGAAACUGGUUACUUAUCCAGUCAUAUACUGGUCUGAGGCCAAGGGUAGGAAUGAGCCUCUGCUCUAAACUAGUUUAAAACUGAGUUUAGUCCAGAUUUUUCCUCCUGCCCCAGACAUUUCUGUGAGUUGUUACUGGCAAAGUGACAUGGUGCCAGGGUGGGAGGUUCUGUGUAAACAUUCAAGGGAGGAGAGCAGAAAAUCCCUCUUGUCAGCAUAUUGGGAAACAGGAAGAAAGAACUAGAUAUGGACUGUCAGGGAACUGGAGGAGCCCUGAUUUGAUUUACCUGACCUUGCUCUUGAGUGUUGGGCUGUGCCAGCAUCCCAGAGUGCAGCUUGGUGGGCUUGGGGACCAAGUCAGCUGGAACGAGUGCCCUUUUCACUUCCCUGGGGACCAGUCCUAGGUCCUAGGGACCUGUCUGGAAUGGAGCCCGUCUCAUAGGGUCCAAGGUGCCAAGUUGCAUAGUUUCUGUCUUUAUUAUUCCCCCCCAAUAUCUAAAGCGGUCCCUAAGGUCCAGGAUGCUAUCUUCGUAGCAUAGACAGCUAAAAUAUUAACCUUCAUUUCCACCUCCAAGCAGUCGUGUGUGUUUCCUCUUUGAGAUGCUUUCCGGAACAGUUCAGAUUUUUAUGUAAAGAACUGUUCUCAUCUCCCUAUCUGAAGGGGUUAAAGAAAUAGUCUCAGAUGAUCUGGGGUGAGAACAAACUCCUUACUUAUACAGUAGGAUUGGAGGUUUAGACCCAGGUUUGAAUCCCAGCUCAUGCACAUAUUAGGCAAGUUUCUUACUUCUCUGAAAUGUAGCUUUAUUAUUUGUAAAAUAAGGAUAUAAUAUUAAUGUCCUAGGGCUACCGUGAGGAUUAAAUGAGGUGCUUUAUGUAAAGUGCGAGCAGCAUGCCUCACACAUGCUAGUUGCUCAAUAGAUUGUAGCUGAUCAUUAUGAAGCUAAAAUGGCUUUGUAAAAAUUGCUUAUCUGUAUAGAAUUUGCAGGCAAGCGCCAGCUUAAAUGAGUCAAGUAGGUAAAAAUCUAAACGCUUUAACGAGGAUUAUUUGCUUUGCAAAAUGGAUCCACCACAGACCAUGUUUAAAACAAAAACUCUUGAAAUUUUAAGUAUUUAAGUGAGUUAAUGCUGAGAUGUAAUUCAUAGAGCACUGAACAUAAUGCCUAGCACACAGAAGUACUCAAAGUUUGCUAUAACUAUUACUGUAUAGAUUUAGAAUGAAUAUCUGUAGCGCUAAAAGCAGGUGUGAGCCAUUCACAAAAGGCCAAUCACGCACUAAGAGAAAAUAACUAUUCUAAUAUCGGAGAAUGGAAUGAUCAUGUUCUUUUCCAAGGAAUCGUAGGAAUAAAAGCAACUAGAAAGAUCUUUCAGAAAGACCUGUUCCUAAAGAAAUUCCAUUUCAUCCUACAAAACCAUUCCAAAGAAAGAUCCUCAUUUAAUAUACUUAAAGAUUGUUAGAGCAUCCAAUUUUACAACUUCAUUUGGUAUCCUUCCUUCUGAGUAAUUUUUCAAGUGUAGCUACAUUUAUACUAGAACUUAAUGAAUUCCAGUGAUGACAGUGAUGCUAUAUCGCAUUUCCCCUGCAGUCACCCUCACGGAAGCCAAAUAUAAAUAAAAAUACGAUGGUGGAGGUGUGUUACCCACAAUCCUUACAACCUGCAAGUGAAGAUGCAAAGCCAGAUGUCUUGAAGUUCAUAGGCACAAUACAAAGAUUCAGGAGAUACUUCCUUAAUCUGGAGUGGCCUUCAAUAUUAUAACAAAAACAAUAGCAGCAGUCAUAGGUUUUUGACCAAACAAUAAAUUAUUGUCCUGUAAUUGACUAAUAGGGCUUACCUUAUUGUAAUGAGCUUAGUUCAUAUCCAAGUGAAUUAUAAAAAUCAAAUGCUGCUUAUCAGCAACCAGUCUGGAGACAUUACAGUGUGAGAGAAACCCUCUAGGGGUUGAUUCCCCUCCCGUCCCAUACUUCUUAUCACACAACAAUCUGUGUUUAAGUAGCAUCCUUCACCCCUGAGGGAUUUCGUACAUUAUCUCAUUUCAUCUUGUGUGAUCCUAAAAGAAUAUUCACUAUACAGAAAAUUCACUCUGAUUCUAUCCAAGAGUCAAGUAUGGCAAGACAAGGACAAGUAAGCCUGAUGAUAACCCAGACCAUUGUCUGUAUCAUUGCAAGAAUUUUCUCACCCAUGGCAUUUGUGAUGUUCAGAACAUUUGUGAGUCUUGGCACAAAGAUUGUCAUUGCUUUUCUGCAGGUUAUCACGAAACACCAUGUAAAUAAAUAAUUACAGACUUUUCAAAAUGUAUUUUAGGUAAUUAUCCUACUAGGAAAAGAAACACGACCGUUUAUUGAGUCUGAUUCUUGGACUUGUGGGUCAGAGUACGAGCUGUUGUUAGUGUCCUGAAGGAGAUGACGACUCCUCCCCUGUCCCAUCCACCUGAGUAAAGUAGCUUCGAUUAACCCAAGUCUGUACCACUCUUUGGCAUACACGAAGUGGAAAAGGUUAAUACAAGCAUUUUUCUAUGAUCUUGGUCGCUGUGCCCAUGGACCUCUCUGAUGCUUUUGGGAGAUCUCUUAAGAGAGUUAAGGUACAUGAAUUAGAGAUGCAGGGAAGGGCCAUGCGUGUUUUCUGCCUCAGUUACUCUGGGAGAGGCCAGUGCAGAUUGUAUGGAUUUUUUAUCUCCAUUCAUAGGAUUUUUUUUUUUUUUUUUACAUAAGACAGAGUUAGAAACUGUAAUCUUUUUGAGGGUUACAUAUUUUUUUGUGUGUUUUUUUCAUCAAAUGGUCUUGAAUUUCUUCUUUCAAAAUAUUUAAAUAUCAAAAAAUUCCACUUAAUCAACUGCACAAGACUAUUAAGGAUGUCUCUGUUUUUAUGACUCUCAGUCACUAAACUAUAAUAUUUCCAAAGGUCAGCAGAAUAGGCGUUAGUCUAAUAAAUAAAGCUACUAAAAAUUAUUUUAUUACUACCACAAAAUCUAGACAUGGCCAGUGGAAAAACCCCAUUUUAUCAUUCAAGGUCUGCUGGGAGGGUGGUUUCAUGUAAUUUCAAACCCGGCAGUGUUUGAUGCAGUUCGUUUUUAAAUGUCCCUUAUAACCGAGUUUCUAUCAAGUCCCCUGAGUCCGGUGUUGAAACCAGAGGCUUCAGUAAUGUGCCAAGGAUACGUGGACAUUUAUUUUCUCGGGACCACUCUUAACUCACAGGAGGGAGUGACGCCUUAAGAGAGGUUAAAAGGAAAACUCCAGCAAUUAAUACUAAUAAAGCAGAAAGUUAAGGCGACUAUAAUAAAACACUAGAACAUCUACUUUUUACUACAGAACCAUUCCUUUAUUAAGAGCCACCUGUUUGGUAGACACACAUGUGCCACAGCAGCCACGGGCAAGUAAUUAAGUUUAAUAAGAGCCACUCUUAUUUUGAAGAAGUUCUCUGUUUAAAGCCACAGAGGGGGAAGUUAUUAAAUUUAAUAGACCCUAAACAAAGGCAAGCCCUGUGUUACCGGUGGAAUGUUGGUCAGUAUUCUCUGUUAAUUCGACCGUGAUUGGUUGGGUUAUUUUUGCAGUCUGUAAGUUGAAAUUCACCUUGCUUUCUCGCAAGACGGGCUGUCUUCCGACACGAGCCGAUGAUGUCUUGAUCUGAUCACCGUGGGCCCAGGUUCAGGGCAGACCUGGACCUCAGUUGACGACGGGUUCUGAGUUACUGGUGCUGGGGACCGAGGAAGCGGUUUCCAUUCUGACUAGAUGAGUUGGGGGAGUUGGCCCGGCCCACAGAACUGACUGAACUUGGUUAUAUGAUAUUUACUGUUACAUUGUAGGUAGACAGAGGUACCAGAGCUCAGAAUGAAACUUGCGUGCGUGGCUUGACUCCGAUGUUAUACGUGGUUCUUUAUAGCUGUUUUCCCGCGGGUCUGUUCUCGAUACAUGUACCACCACCCACACGCGAGGAAAAGCUUUAGUGACGAAGGGACUCAUAAGGGACUCAUGGGUACGCAGGGAUGGCAAAGACGUGGCUACAGAUUCUAUUGAAAGGUUUGCUACAAUCCCUUUCUUUUGUAGAAGAAGACUUGGGAGCUUGCACCUCACUUCACCAAAAGUACUGGAGUUAAUUUUUUAGUGACACGGUGGCUCCUGUGGUUCGAUGGGAUCCGAGAAGAGGGUGGAGGCAGUUUAACUGAGGAAGCCAGACUUUUAGUUUCAUUGUCACUGAAGAUUCUUCGUGUUAUUCUCAGAUAUGUCCGUCAGUGAAUUCAUUGUGCUUCUGUUGGCCCCUGUGAACAAAUUGUCCGUCCACACAUCUCAGAAUUUUCUGCAAGGAGUGAGUUAAUGUCUGCCCAGGGAUUUGUUGCUCUUAGGACUUCUAGCAAAGAAAGCUUGCCUUACCUGAUAACUGCCGGUGGAGAAACUAAGUUGUGUCCUUAGCCUCCAAACAGUAGAAACGUACUAUUUUUAUUUUUAUCUCUCUCUAUACAUGUUUUAGAAUGGAUACUUUAUUUUUUUAGAGCAGUUUUGGAUUUACUGAAAAAUUUAGCAUAAAGUAGAGUGGGGAUAUAUCCACCCCCGCCCCCCCAACCGCCAUUUUGUCUUAUUAGUCACAUCUUGCAUUUGUGUGGUGCAUUUGUUACAACUGAUAAACCAAUAUCGAUAUGUUAUUUUUAACUGAAGUGCAUAGUUUAUGUUAUGUUAACUCUCAACAUUGUGCACUUCUGUGGGUUUUUUUUUUUCAAAUACACAAUGCCAUGUAUGCAGCACUAUAGGGUCAUUCAGAAUAGUUUCAUUGCCCUAAAAAUCCCCUGGGCUCUACCUGUCUAUCCCUACCUACCUGCUCCCAUGGCCCCUGGAAGUCAUCUUUUUCCUGUCUCUCUAGUUUUGCCUUUUCCAGAAUGUCGUAUAAUUGGAAUCAUGCAACUUGUAGCCUGACUUUCAGACUGGCUUCUUUCGCUUACUUAACCAUGUGCCUUUAAGGCCCCUCCAUAUCUUGUCAUGACCUGAUAAGUCACUUCUUUUCACCGCUGGGUACUGUUCUAUUGUGAGGACGUUGUUGUACUUUUUAAAACCUCAAAGCCACUCUCGCAGCACCUGGAAUACCCCCAUCCCAAUUUGUUUUGUCACUGACUUCGUCAGUGAGAUUUCUUUUUUUAGAAAGCAUUUCAUCCAUUCCUUCCUGGGGAAACACGAUUGUGGUUGUCCAUACCUUUGGUCCAUUUUUUUUUUUUUUAAUUAAGAUUUUUCUUUAGUUUUAUCCAUAGACAGCUUACCAAACAUUUACAUUUAGGUGAUGAUUCUUAACAAUUCAAGAACGGGAGAGACCCAACUAAAAAAAAAAAAACAAAACAACCCAUUUAUCUGGCUACUUCACUGCCUCCCCAGAUAUUCAGCUCUGCCUAGGUAAAGGAUGCUCCUUUUCUCUAAGAAUGCCUGGCGUUCCUUAAGUAAGCUGCACUGUUUCCCACUCCACACUAGCCCUUUUCUCCACCAAGGCCCCGCCCAUCUUUGUCAGCCACCUCUUUCCUAGAAGGAAUCCCUUCCCCAACCAUCACUUUCCUCCAAGUUUAUUACUCUCCCUACACCUGUCCAUUUCUCAUCUCCCUGCUUUGGACACACCUCUAAUGUGUGCCCCCCUUCCUUUAGCACGAUAAUCUGCGUCCAUGCCUUUCCCCUUCUAUAGGAGGUAAGCGUCUCACUGUCAAGGACCGUGACUGUGUUGUACAUAUUCUUGAACUCUUAUAACCCAGCACAGUUUUGGGCACAUAGUAUGUGCUCAGUAAAUCUUUAAUGAGACAAAUAAUAGUGGGAAAGACGAUAGAAAACUACAGGAAGAUAGGCAUGUAGAAGAAACAAGGAUAGAAGAAAGGGAAAAAGAAAAAAGAUUUUGUUCACCUGGAACAACAAAGAAAGGGUGAAACAAGAGGGACUUUUAUUGCUGAUAAGGACAGGAAAUAGCACAGUAUGAGUGUGCAUAAGCAGUAUAUAUUUUUAUCUCCAAGCCUUUCUGCAAUGUGUUUCAUAUUUAGAACACAUAGCAAGACUGCAUCUGUUUCCAGAACUUGCCGCUAACAGUUGGUAAUAAUGCCAAAACAUACUUUCGUUCCAGCUUGAAACCAAAUGAUCAAGUAGAAUUUUUGAUUUCUAAUUUGGAGCCUGACAUUCAUUCUAGCCAUCAUGCAAUAAAGUGUCAAAGUCUUUUCUGAGAAAAUAAUAGAAAUUCUAUUAGCUAAGCUGUAAAUUGAAGCUCAAAGCAAAAGAUCCAGUUUUGUGACAGCAUUUCUCACAAAGUCUUACCUUUCUCCAGACCGACCUUCGUUCUCCCCCAUCCUCCCCGCUCUUUAAGCCCUUGCUGUGUGAUAGGGUUUCAUGUCACCUCACUGUCCUGGGCAGUGGUCUCUGGGCACGCCACAGUUUGUCAGCGUCCCUCUUUAUGCCUGGUGCCCAGAACAAAACUCCUUUAUUGUGUCAGCCUCAGCAGAGGUGGCCUCAGUGCUUUGGUGACCACGUUACAUUAUUCUCUCAUGUUUGCCAUUUUUUUGUCAAACUGCAUUGCUCCCAUUGUUUUCCUUUCAUGGUUGUUUUGGUUUGUUGUUUGUUGUUUUUUGUCGUUGUUUGUUUUGUUUUUCAGAUCCAAGUCUGAUCAUAUAUAGUUACUCCUGUUCGGUUUUAUCUUCAUUCUUAUCUUAUUCACGUCUUAAGUUGAUUCUUUGUUCCUGCCUGUGACGAAAUUUUGGGGUUUUUAUAACCUCACCCAAUAUACAACAGAUAGCCUCUUGCGUUCCCUCCAGCCUAGGAUGUCUUUCUUCAGUUUAUGUCAGUCAUUUCAAGUCUGCUCAGCAGACACUUGGUACAUAAUUAUCGUGUGCUUAGGCAGGCAACACACAGAAACAAAACCGAAGACAUCAUCCGUGCUUAGGAGAUGACGUAAUACACAUAUGACCCAGUUACAUUGUGACGCCAGCUCCGGUAGAUGCCAGAAUGUGCAAAAAUGCUCGGGAGUUUAGUGACAGGACAUCUCUUUUGCCCUGCUGCAUGAGCAACUUAAGGCCUCUCCUUAGGAAAUUAAAAAAAAAAAAAAAUUCCAUUCUGCUAGAUUCUACUUUCAGUCUGAAUCACUUCAACAAUUACAUUUUCAGCUGGAGAAAGAAAAUUCCACUCGUUGGCAUGUGUGGUUUCAUAAUAUUUCUUAAGAUAUGGCAAGAAUAUAUAAAAAAUCUCGUCUUGGGGCGCCUGGGUGGCUCAGUCGGUUGAGCGUCCGACUUCGGCUCAGGUCACGAUCUCGCGGUCCGUGAGUUCGAGCCCCGCGUCGGGCUCUGUGCUGACAGCUCAGAGCCUGGAGCCUGUUUCAGAUUCUGUGUCUCCCUCUCUCUGACCUUCCCCCAUUCAUGCUCUGUCUCUCUCUGUCUCAAAAAUAAAUAAACAUUUAAAAAAAGAAAAGCUGUCUUUAAAAAAAAAAAGAAAAAGAAAAAAAAAUCUCGUCUUUUCCUAGCUAGAUUGGAAGUUCCCCUAGGCCAAGGACCUGGCCUGCUAAUCCUUUGCUAUCUGUCUGUGAGUCCUAGUCUUGUGGUCUGCCUGUAUGGGGAGUACUUGCUCAUGGCAGAAGGGUCUGUCCAAUAGUGCUCCCUGCUUUCGGGUUGCUUACACCGUAACUGUUGUUAGGAGUUGCUAAUAGGUCUAGAAGUGGGAUUGGUAGGAGACUAAUGACAAUUGCCAUUUUUUAAAAUUUUUUUAAUUUACAUCCAAGUUAGUUAGCAUAUAGUGCAAUCAUGAUUUCAGGAGUAGAUUCCUUAAUGCCCCUUACCCAUUUAACCCAUCCUCCCCCCGCCCCCACCACCACCCCUCCAGGAACCCUCUGUUUGCUCUCCAUAUUUAAGAGUCUGUUAUGUUUUGGCCCUGACAAUUGCCAUUUCUUAAUUUCAUAUUUCGUAUGCACAAACACGGUCCUAGCAUGUGUUUAUAUUAUAGAAUUUUUACUGUCUCUUAUUGUAUUUACUUGUUAAAUUUAUUGAGAGAGAGAGAGAGAGAGAAUGGGGGAAGGGCAGAGAGAGGGAGAGAGAAUCCCAGUCAGGCUCCACACUAUCGGUGUGGAGCCUGAUGUGGGGCACCGUGUCCCAAACUGUGAGAUCAUGACCUGAGCCGAAACCUAAGAGUCAGAUGCUUAACCAACUGAGCCCCCCAGGCACGCUUACUAUCUCUUUUAAAGUGAAGCAACACUGUUAGUCUUAUGCUGUAACAUACAUAUAUGUAGGUAUUCACCUGUUCACUACAUUGAGAAUGAAUAUACAUGUAAAUAUUCUUGACAGGUCUAGUAUUUGGGAUGUUAAUUAAUAUUAGCCAAACUACCGCUUUAACUUCUCUCAGGAAAAACAGGCCCCACUGAAACCGCCCCCCCCCCCCCAUGACCUACUAUUAUUUUGUUACUUCAGUCAGCAUUGAUUUCUCAGGAAAUCCGCAUUGAUCACUGCUGGUGGAAAGGGGAAAGAGACGCUGCAUGAUUAUUUUAAGUUUGGUUUUAUAUUUAUUAAUAUGUAGAAAUAGUUACGAGGGGAAACUUAGAAAGAUAUCAUUGAAAGAGGUAACUAAACAAGUAAAAAGUUGACAUAUAAUUAAAAACCUAUAGGAAUCAUUCCUAGUGACCCAUGGGGGAAAGAAAAAAAAAAACCCUAUAGGAUAAAAUACAAAUGACAGCACUUUAUUUAUUUAUGUAUUUAUGUAUUUAUUUAUUUAUUUUAUUUAUUUAUUUUCAAAUGACAGCACUUUGAGUUAUUCACAGUCCUUUUUAGACAGCAUUUUAUUUUGAACAGUUCAAAGUCCUUUUCAGUCUCCCUUUUUCUUUGUUUUCUUAAAAAAUGAAUAGGAAGGAUAUAUUAUUAAAUUGGGUCAGAAUUGGUUCGAGGUAAAUCUCAGAUCCCAUUUGUACUACCGUCUAAUUUUUUUUUUUUUUUUAUGUGACUCUCACGAAAUUCAUGAAUCUCCAAUCCAUGACAGUCACGUAAAUAAAAUUCUGCUUAGGUACCAGUGUCCCUGAAUAUCUCAAAGGAUUUCUUAUGCAGGAAGGUGUCAUCUUUUCCAGAGAGACUUUGGCCUUGGGUGAUAAACUUAGAAAUGCAGUCAAGCACAGUAGACUGGAACAAGACUGAUGUUUCUAUAUCCAGAGUUCACCGCUGUCUCUCUGAUCAAAAUGGACACUGUUCCAGCUCCCUGUCAUAAUUAGUAAUAAUGCCAUAGUUAAUGGAAUAAUAAUAACAAAUAUAAUAAUAGUUAUAAACACUCCACCCUGUGCCAAGGAGCGCAGUGAUUCAUGAUAAAUCAAUAAUAAACCCAUUGAUGUGGUCACAUUAAAUCCAUACAUAAUUAAGAAGAACCCUUUCCAAACAAAAGCCACAGAAGGAAUUAAAAUAGGCUCGGAAAAGAGGAAAAAGUCUGAUAAUAGUGUUGUGGUACUCAUCAUGAAAAAAAAACAAACCUGGAAGCUUCCAAACUAUACCUUAGGAAAACAAUACGUGCUCAGUUUUGCUUAAGGGUACAGUGGAGAGUCGAUCUGAAAGAUUCUGAAAAAGAAGGAGAUUGGCCUUCUGGGCAAUUAACAACAGAAAUAACAGAAACAACAGGAAGUUAUUUUUCUGACCUUAGAAGUUCGUAGGUGUCACAGGUACUGUACCUUUGAAGCAUUACUAGUGUCUUGUUUUUUGGUCUGCUCUGACAAUCUCUGUCUUUUAAUUGGUGCAUUUAGACCACUGACAUUCAAAGUGUUGGAUUGACAUGGUUGGAUUACUAUCUACAUAUUUGUUACUAUUUUUUAUUAUUGCCCUGUUUUUUAUCCUAUGUCUUGUCUUUCACUCUUUUUCUUUUUUAAAGUUAUUUAUUUAUUUUGAUUGAGAGAGAGAGAGCACAGGGGAGCGGCAGAGAAAGAGGGAGAGAGAGAAUCCCGGGAAGCCUCCACACAGACAGCAUAGAGCCUGAUGCGGGGCUCAAACUCAUGAACCGUUGAGAUCAUGACCUGAGCCGAAACAGAGUCGGAUGCUUAACCGACUGAGCCACCCAGGUGCCCUGCCCUCUUCCACUCUUUUUCUACCUUUCGUGGUUUUAGUUCAGCAUUUUAUAUGAUUCUGUUAUCUCUCCUUUCCUAGCAUAUCAGUUAUGCUUCUCUCUUUACCCUCUUUUCAUGGUUAUCCGAGUUUGCAAUAUACAUUCACCACUACUCCCAGUCUACCUUCACUAACACUAUAGCACUUCAUGGAUAGAUAGUGUGAGUACCUUAUAACCUAUAAACAUCUGUGUAUACAUUUUAUGUGGACAUAACUUUUCAGCUUCAUUGGGUGAAUGCCAAGGAGUGCAAUUGCUGGAUCACGUGGUAAGAGCGUAUUUACUUUUGUAAGAAGCUGCCAAACUGUUUCCCAAAGUGGCUGUGCCAUGUUGCAUUCCAAAGCAGCAAUGAAUGGGAGUUCCUGCUGCUUUAUGUAAUCUCUUUGUGCCUUUAUAUCUAAAGUGGGCUUCUUGUAGAUUACGUACAGUUGGAUUUUUUGAUCUACUCUUAACAGUCUCUGUCCUAAAUGGUGCUCAAUGAUCAUUGAUGUUCAAGUGCGUAACGAUACUGUUGGGUUAAUAGUUGGAUUAACCUUGGAAGGGUUAGUAAAACCUCAGAUGACCUGUUUAAUCCAGCAAAUGAUUAGAGCAUUUAAAUUGGGACAUACACCCCCAAAAUUGGAUUGAACCCAACACUGAUAAAAUAGCAGCUGCUUGGGGUGCCUGGGUGGCUCAGUCGGUUAAGCGUCCGACUUCAGCUCAGGUCAUGAUCUCACAGUCCGUGAGUUCGAGCCCCGCGUCAGGCUCUCUGCUGAUAGCUCAGAGCCUGGAGCCUGCUUCGAAUUCUGUGUCUCCCUCUCUCUCUGUGCCCUUCCCCUGCUCAUGCUCUGUCUCUCUCUGUCUCAAAAAUAAAUAAAAACACUUAAAAAAAAUAGCAGCUGCUCAAUAAAAUUGUGUUGCAUUGGUUUGGCUUAUUAGAAAAUACUCCUUCCGAGGCCCAGGCAUAUAGCACAGUGAUCAAACACUCAUAGCAUCACUUGCAACAUGCUGGAAACAGCGCUUUGCUGGAAAUUGAGGAACCUGAGUUUUGAGCAGCUCACUUAAGUUUUCUAUGGGUCUUAGGUUCCUUGUGUGUGAAAUGAGCGAGUUGGGCUAGAUACUCUCCAGGGUGCAUCAUAAAGCUCUGAAUGUCUGUGAUUCUAAAAUAAGUCCCGAAGGGGUGGGUUUUCUCUCAGAAACAUUUAGGAACCAGCAGAUCAAAAAUCUAUAUACCGCCACCCAUAACAAAAAUAAAAGCUAGCAUAGUACUUGGUUUAUGAACUAAAUUAGUAGGAAUAACUACUGUAGGUGUCAAGAAAAGUUUGUCCUGUGUUUCAGUUGAUUCUGUUGAGAAACAAUCUAGGAUCAGGUGAAUUAGUGCCAAAGACCUUGACACUUGACCACAGGUGACUUUCUAUUUAACAUGAAGCCUCUUACGCUUGCAUGUAUGUCUGAGUCUGCAGAGAGAUUUUGAAACCACGGCUUUAUUAAAAUUAAAAAAAAAAUUAUUGACAUUUUAUAUACCUUUGCAUGGUUUUAUGUGACUUAUCUAACCUGGGGUUGGUUAUAAUGAAAUACAAUUUAUCUUACUGGAGAACUGAGAAUCUUACCCGCUAACAGUUAUGAAAACAAAAGAACAGGUGAAUUCUAUUAAUAAUAGGCUAAAUGGGAUGUGAGGACCAGACUUUCUAUAUUAAAGAAAUAAUAUAUUUAGAAAAAAUAUUAUUAGAAUUAUAACAAGAAGUUCCUUUUAGUGAAACAUUGCUAUCAUAGUACUUUAUGACCACAUGAUGAAAGUCUUCAUUAAUACAAAUCAUUGUCAACAUUAAAUCCACUCGUUUAUUGAGACUGUUCCAGUCACCAGAGAUACAGUGAUGGGUAAGACAGAAAAGCUCAGGGAACUUUCUCUGCUGACAUAUGAUAUAGUCAUUAAACAGUCUUUGGAGCCAGACUCUGUGGGUUUCAAUCUGGGCUUUUUGACUCACUUGCUAUGUGAUCUUGGGACUAUUACUUAGCUUGUGUGUACCACAAUUUCCUCAUCUGUGAAGUGGGCUAAUAAUAAUAAUAAUAAUAAUAAUAAUGAUAACAAUACCACUAACUUCAGAAGGUUGUUAUGAGGACAAAAGGAUAAAGUACAUAAAGCUCUUAGAAUAAUGCCUGGUAAUAAGUGUUAGUUAUUAUUGGGGAAGGGUAGGCAAUUGAAAAUGAGAAAAUAUUACCUAGGGAUAUGUGCUGUAAAGAAAGUAAAAUAGGGUGAUGUUAUGAGGAAGCUUACUGCAGACAGCAGAGAAGGCCAGAGCAAGGGCCCUGAGGUGGGGAGAAGAAUGUCCGGUGGCUGGAGUGGGUAGAAGAUGAGAUGAAAUCAGAGAGUUUGCUACUCCAGGUCAUGCUGGGCCUCUGCUGGUCAGGAGCAAAGGUUUGGGUUUGCUGGUCCGAGCAGCCAUAAGCCAUAGGCAGAUCCUUUUUUUUUUUUUUUUUUUUUUUAAUUUUUUUUUAAGCUUAUAUAUUUAUUUGGAGAGAGAGAGAUCAGGGAAGGGGCAGAGAGAGAGGGAGAAUCCCAAGCUGGCUCUGUGCUGUCAGUGCGGAGCCCGACAUAGGGCUCGAACUCGUGAACUGUGAGAUCAUGACCUGAGCCGAAAUCAAGACCGAGCCAUUCAGGCGCGCCCCUGCCAUGGGCCGAUCUUAAGCGGAAUCGUGAUAUAAAUGGAUUUCUAGUUUCAAAAUGUCACUCUGGCUGUUGGGGGGAGAGCUGUAUAAGAGUAUGGGGGAGGAAGCAACAGUGUUUUUGGGAGGCGGUGGCAGUCACCCUGGUGGGAGGAAGGUGGCUUCCGCUUGCCUGAAAGUGGUGAGGACAGAGACACUCUGGACUGGAGCGGGUAUUUUGCCUGGAUCAUGAAAAUGUGUUAGCCGUGCUUGUCCCCAGCUGUUGGUCUACUUUAAAGGAAUAAUACUACAUCUUAUAAAAUUUUAGUUAACCUUUAGACAUUGUUCAUACACCCCAGAGCGAAGUGUAAUUCAGGAAUCGCUUGAGUUAUUGGGUGGAUACAAAACCACCAACCUGGAAAAUUCAGGCCAGAAAUCCAUUUAGAGAGCUGAAAUGCUUGGUUCGGUUGUUUUCAUUGACACAUUAAUCUGAUUAUUUCCAGGAGCUCCCCUUCCUUGGCACUGUGCAAACACAGAUUUCAGUGCAGUGAAGCACAAUGAUUAGAUUAAUUUGGGGCAACGACCGGCAUUGUAUGUUCUUCUCACCCUCUUCAAGUAUAGGUAGUACGUUUUUAAUGUCUUUGAUAGCUUUGAUGCACACCCAUUCCUUUUACUCCUUUAAGACGGAAUGAAAUGCGGGGCGCCUGGGUGGUUCAGUCGGUUGAGCGUCCGACUUCGGCUCAGGUCACGAUCUCGCAGUCUGUGGGUUCCAGCCCCACGUCGGGCUCUGUGCUGACAGCUCAGAGCCUGGAGCCUGUUUCAGAUUCUGUGUCUCCCUCUCUCUCUCUCUGCCCCUCCUCCACUCACGCUCUGUCUCUAUCUCUCAAAAAUGAAUAAACAUUAAAAAGAAAAAAAAGAAUAAAAUGAAAAUCACCACACUGGUGUGACCAAGCUGGCUAUGCAGGUGCUUAUACCUAGAAGUGUGCAGCAACAGUCCUGCAGCGAGGAGACCCCUGAGCAGGAGCGGGGGGUGAGUCACGUCUGGCUGGCCAGCUAAUAUCUUGCCAUAUGAGCAAAGUAAAGCCAGGGGAGGCGCGAGUGCUUGUCCUCCCUGUGAAUGGGAAAACCACCUAGAACAGCUUCUUCCCAGAGGAUUGAGAAACGGGGGCGUAUCUUAAAUUGGAAAGAACUUGAAUCAGUAGAAUGUGCUAAAUACACACUGAGGGUGAAGGAGGAAGCUUUAAAUAGCUGAGCCAAUUAGUCUAAGUGUUGUAGUCAGCUGUCCCGCCCUUCCGGGAUUCUUUCACGGUGCCCUGUGCCUUAAAAAGAGAUAGCCUCCCCCCCCCCCCCCCCACCCCCAACCUUCAAUUAGGGACUCUAGAAGUUAGCUUCAAGAUCUUGUGAAGAUGAGAGCAAUUCUGUACAUUUCCUGUUUGAAAAGCAACAAAAGCCUGACUCUCCGUGGACAUCUGCUGCUUCUUGGAAUCCGAGGCGCAGAGGUCCGCCUGCUGAAAACUCACAUCGCUAUUUUUCAAGAAAAGAAGGAAAGCGGUAAAAUCCAGGUCUUAGGAGCAGUGACCCAAUCUACUUAAAAUGUAUUUGAGGGAUCCAUCUUGGGUUUUAGAAGCGCAGAGGACUCAAAACAAGAUACAAUUCAAAGAGGAUCAGCCUCUCAUAAGAUGGGAGAUGUUAUCAGAAGUCCAAGGGCUCUGAGAACUUUACAGAUUGGAAUUCUGGGUAAUAGGUUGGCUGUUUCUUUGGCGCUCAUACCUAGUUUUUAACCCUUCUCCCCGGCUUUGUCAUUUGGAAUGGAACAGUAAGGGAGAAUAGAAGCCAAAGUUUCAGCGUAAGGAGGAGGCAAAACUAGAUUGAGAAACAACAGGUAACAAGCCACUGGGGGGAAAGGAAAAGUCACUGUGAAAGGUGUAAAAUUUAAGAACAGCGUACUCUACUAGAAAGAGGGGUGUUUUCUCCCCAGGAGCCAGGAGUUCUAAAUCCCUAUGGUACCAAUGUGUGUAAUUCAUUUUCUUCUCCUUCAGUUGAGGGGUGGUCUUGAUCAUGCUCAUGCUUAAUUAAGCCUUGGGUACUGUUCUUUUUCACUACCACACUGCAGUAUAAUAUUGCAGAUCACAGAACUGGUGACUAGACAAAACUAGGACCUUAGGGCUAGAAAACUGGAGCCACGGUUACGUUUCAGCCCGGGCACACGCUUCCCAAGCCAGUAUUCAAAGUGCCAGCUUUGGACAUGCAAAGCCACGGCUCCCUGGAUCCCCGAAGAUGGCUAAGCUGCGAAAGUGACUUUCCUACUCUUCUUUGCCAGGUUGCCUGGUGCCUAAAAGAGAAAAACUGUUGCCCCAAAGUGAACUCCACCCCCAAGGGUCUUCUUGCCAUCAUUUAAUAACAAAAUCACCUCUCAACAUAUAAAUAGUAGAACUUCUAGUUAAAAGUUGGAAACCAAUCUUUCUAGAAGUUUAUAGUUUUUUUAACAUUUAUUUUUGAGGGAGAGAGAGAGAGAGCGAGCGAGCAGGGGAGGGGCAGAGAGAAGAGGGAGACACAGAAUCCGAAGCAGGCUCCAGGCUCUGAGCUGUCAGCACAGAGCCUGACACGGGGCUCGAACUCACGGACUGCGAGAUCAUGACCUGAGCCGAAGUCGGACCCUCAACCAGCUGAGCCACCCAGGCGCCCCUAGAAGUUUAUAAAAAUCACAUCAGCUGUACCACUUAGGUUAUGUAAAAUGCAAUGCCUUGAGGUAAAGGUCUUCAGCUGCCCACAGACAUGGCAGGUAAGCUCUAACACAUAUAAAAAGCAGGCUGGCAUUGAGGGAAACGGGAUGAAUAGAGAGAUCUGUACAAACACACUCAGAGUUAGGACUGUGGAUUCACCCGCAGCAUCACACUGGAGGUGAGGAGGUCUGUGGCCCAGUGUAGCUAGGUGACAGGUGGAUUCCAGCAACGGGGCGGGCUGCUGUCUCAUAGGAUGCCGGCCUGAAGGUUGGAUCAGGUGAGAGAGGUGGAAACUUGGGCAGGUGUCAUGGAGCGUGUGAAGAAAAACUAAAGACACCACCAGGAAGGAGGAGGCAUCCUUAGGGGGAAGCUUGAAUUCUUCUACUGCUCUCGGGAACUCCAGAGAGCAAGGAAGUUGAAAAGACUCAGGACACUCGGGUCAUCUAUAACAGGGGCUUUUUUGAUGUCAGAAAUUAAAGCUUCUGGAUAUAUGUAUAUGUGUGUGCGUGUGUGUGUGUGUGUGUGUGUGUGUGUGUGUGUGUGUAUAU